AUGAUCCACCCGUCGUUCCACACCGCGGCGACCGUGGACGCGCAUCGGAGCGUGCCGAGGACGCCGCGCGUCGCGGAGCCGACCGCUCCGGGAGGGGGCGGCGGCGGUUCCGGCGGCGGCUCUGGUGCGAACGCGGCGAGCGUGGGGUUCCAUCCGUCGCUGUUCGGCGCCGGCGUCUUGUGCUCGGGCGGCGGCGGCGGCGGCGGCGGCGGCGGCGGCGGCGGGUCCCCGACCGCGGUCGUCGUGCAUCCGCCGCCGCAGCAGCAGCAGCAGCACGCGCACCAGCCGCACCAGCCGCACCAAAACGACGCGCACCCGCUGCCGCAGCCGCCGCGGGGACCGCUCGCGUCGCUUCUGUUCAACGAGGACAGCACGCUGGGGUCGUUCCCUCCCGGCUUCGACGUGGUACGCCACGCUAACGGCGCGCACGGAGACCAAAUCGGAGCGUCGCCCGCGCGCGCGACGGCAAGCGCGUCCGACGUCGCGCUGACGCGGCUGCUGCUCGGCGGGGACGAGACGCAGGACGCGAGGGAAGCCGCCGCGGUGGCCGCGGGCGUGCCGUUGCCGCUCCUCGCGCCUCCCGCGCCGGCGCCGACGAACCCGAAGAAUCCGAACCCGAAUCAAACGAAUCCAACGUCGACGACGCACAACGCGUUCGCGACGUUCGAGUCCGAAGACGUCAUGGAUAGCGACGACGACGACGACGACGGAGGAGGACGCAACCCUAAUAAAACCUCCGCCAAGCCAGCCGCCGCCGCGCGCGCGGAACGCGAAGUCAUCGACGAGUCCGACGAGGAAGAGCCGUCGCCGAACAAGGCUGAACGCGAGGAGAUCGCGAGCAGCGACGACGACGACGACGCCGACGUGGAGCGCGACGCGCUGGAGGACAGCGACGACGAGGAGAUGGCGACGGCGAUGGCGGACGGCGACGCGACGCUCGCGGACGCCGCGGCGAUCAUCGCCUCGCUGGACACAAACCCGCCGCCGUCACCGCCGGCGCCGGUGCCGGCGCGCGGGGGUACUCUGGCGUCAUCAACAAACGCGGGCGCCGCGCCGACGACGAUGACCGGUAUCGUCGCCGCGAUCGAGCGGAGGGAUACCCCGCCGGUCGUCGCGGCGGCGGCGACGACGACGCGGUCGCCGCUGCGGCCGGUGGUUCCGCACAAAUGGCAGCCCGACCAUGAUCGCGCGAUCAUCAUGGCGGCGCACGAGACCGGCGACUCGAUCGAGACGUGGCGGCGCCUCGCGCGCGAGUCGACCGCGGUGGGCGGCGCGACGGCGAGGGACGUCGAGGAACGGUUCAGGUUUUUACGCGAACACGCCAAGUCGCAGCCGUGCGCGACGGCGCGGUCGUAUCAGAGGAGAGCGGGGCCGCGAACGGGGAGUCAGUGAGCGAGGACGAGAACGCUCCCCUAGGUACCCACGACGCCGCGUCCGAAACGAGAGGAGGAGGGAGGAGCUCCCCAGUGGAGGGAUGGAUCAUUUAUAGCAGAGAGCGCUCGCGCUACGCGUAGAAGAAGGAACGUUUCUUACCGAUGAACUUCAACGAA